UUUGACAAGAUGUUUAAAUACCAAAGGUCGGGGCAUUGCUUUUGUUGUUUUGUUCAGAACAUUUGAGAAAAGGUCUCUUUGACCUAACCAUUCAUAGUUAGAGGAAAUUCACCUUGCUCGAAGUGGCUGAUCUGGGCCCAGGCAGUGAUACAUUUAUAACUUGUUGUUAAAAGGAUCCAAACAAGCAAGAACGGAGUCAUCAUGCCAACAUCAGACUAUCAGUACGAAGAGGGCAUCUUUGACGUCGCGCCCGAAAUAAAACGUGACUUCGACGAGAAUGGCUACGUCAUCAUCAGGGGUGUUCUGAAUAAACAGGAGAUUACGAAACUACGACACGCGUGUGAGUUGGAGGAAGGAGUGAAGAAACAUUCGUACGAGAUUCCCGACGGGUCCGGUAAGAACAUCCGACUCUGCAUCUGGAGACACCCCGGAAAUGACGUCACAUCGAUGAUAGCCAGGAUGGAGAAAACGGCGGGAUUCAUGGGAAAGUUCCUGGGAGGUGAAGUGUACCAUCACCACAGUAAACUGAUUCAGAAGGAGCCGUACACUGGAGGACUGUUCAGCUGGCACCAGGACUACGGAUAUUGGUACAAAAAUGGCUGCCUCUUCCCCGACAUGGCAUCCUUCCAUCUCGCCGUAGAUAAGGCAGACAGGGAGAACGGGUGCAUGCAGAUUCUCCCGGGCUCGCACAAGCUGGGCCGUAUUGACCACACGUUUGUGGGCGGGCAGCAGGGGGCGGACCUGGAGCGGGUCAACCACGUCAGGAAACUGUUCGACCUGGUUCACCUGGAGCUGGAUGAAGGUGACGCCUGCUACUUCCACAGCAACCUGCUGCACUGCAGCAGUCAGAACAACUCCGCUAGGCGGCGCUGGGCCAUAGUCACCGCCUUCAACCGCGCCACUAACAACCCCGUACCUGAGGAGUCCCACCCCUGGCCCCUUUACACACCUAUACAGAUGAUGCCGAAUGACGCGCUGCUAAAGUGUGAGAACUUUACCGACCUGAGCGGCAAGGCCUUCGUGGACCCCACCACUGACAAGAACGUCAAGACCGACCCCAACUCGCUCCAGACGUGAUUCAAGUCAGAGCGUAUUGGUCUGAAAUGUGAACUGUUUGCAUGCUGAAAUGCGCAUUUCUCUGUAUUAGUUUUACAGAGGCCAUGAAAACUGAAUAAAUUUCAUGUUACUACA